AGCGACAGGGAGAGGGCAGGCUAGGUUGCGCGGGGCUGGGUGGUGGUUGCCGGGCCGCAGCAACAGCAGCCGCGGUGGCCGUGCAGCAGCUGGCGUGAGGGGCGGCUGUUACCAGCUGCGAGUCUUCGGCCUGGCCAGGCCCAGCGGCGGCCCCGGCCAUGGAGUCCUACGAUAUCAUCGCCAACCAGCCCGUAGUCAUUGACAACGGUUCAGGGGUAGUGAAGGCUGGUUUUGCUGGAGAUCAGAUCCCAAAAUAUUGCUUCCCGAACUAUGUGGGUCGUCCAAAGCAUGUCCGGGUCAUGGCUGGGGCAUUAGAAGGAGAUCUCUUCAUAGGACCUAAGGCAGAGGAGCAUAGGGGAUUGUUGUCCAUCCGGUAUCCCAUGGAACAUGGCAUCGUCCGGGAUUGGAAUGACAUGGAGAGGAUCUGGCAGUAUGUUUAUUCCAAAGAUCAGCUGCAGACAUUCUCGGAAGAGCAUCCCGUCCUCCUGACAGAAGCCCCUUUAAAUCCCAGCAAAAACCGGGAGAAGGCUGCAGAGGUUUUCUUCGAAACCUUCAACGUUCCUGCUCUCUUCAUCUCCAUGCAAGCUGUUCUCAGCCUUUAUGCCACAGGCCGCACUACAGGAGUGGUGCUGGAUGCAGGGGAUGGAGUGACACAUGCGGUACCCAUCUAUGAGGGCUUUGCUAUGCCCCACUCAAUCAUGCGGGUAGAUAUUGCUGGGCGGGAUGUUUCCCGUUACCUCCGCCUGCUGCUUCGGAAAGAGGGCUACGACUUCCACACUUCAGCUGAAUUUGAAGUGGUCAAGACAAUAAAAGAGAGGGCUUGCUAUUUGUCCAUCAACCCCCAGAAGGACGAGGCUCUGGAGACAGAGAAGGUGCAGUACACGCUGCCUGACGGGAGCACUUUAGACGUUGGUCCAUCCCGGUUCCGAGCUCCUGAGCUGCUCUUCCAGCCAGACCUAAUAGGAGAUGAAAGUGAAGGGAUCCACGAAGUGCUCGCAUUCGCCAUCCAGAAAUCUGACAUGGACCUGAGGAGGACGCUGUUUGCAAACAUUGUCCUUUCUGGGGGGUCUACACUCUUUAAAGGCUUUGGGGACCGGCUUCUCAGUGAAGUGAAGAAACUUGCUCCAAAAGAUGUAAAAAUUAAGAUCUCUGCUCCUCAGGAGAGGUUAUACUCUACGUGGAUUGGUGGCUCUAUUCUGGCAUCCCUGGACACUUUUAAGAAGAUGUGGGUGUCCAAGAAGGAGUACGAGGAGGAUGGGUCACGGGCCAUUCAUCGGAAGACCUUCUAGGGUGGGGCUGGGGGGUGGCAGCAAAGCAGUUGUGUCCUUGGGCGACUCAUUCAGGUUGUGUCUUUUCUCUCUUAACCCUUUCCCGUCCAGGGCUGCUCCCUCCUUGUUGGUUGGGGCCAAUUCCUGCCUUCCUCCUGGGCCUCAUGCUUACCUGUCUUAGUGCCCUGUCCAAUGCAUGUUGCUAGUGUGUGCCCCUUGGGGUGGGAGGCACAGCUGUAUUUUUGAGGCCUUGGCUAUGGUGGAGGAAGGUAGUGACCCCAGCCAGGAAAGGAACUCAAAAGCUCCAUUCCCCUUUGUGGUUUGGUCCAUAGGAAAAGCACUCUGUGAUUUGUCAUGCUGGUGCUCUUUGUGCCAGCUGGUAGGAAGGCUGCUUUGUGCCUCUGUUAUGUCCCAUAAGACAAAGGCCUGUGUGCUCUUCAGUUGGGUGGAGGAGUCAUGGAAGUCUGCAUCUGACAAAGAAGAAUGACUAUGUAAAUACAGCUGCCUGUGGCAGCUGUGUUGACUGCUUAAGCCAUAACAUGGGAAUUGCCCUAGACCCAGCAUUUCUUUCUCAGCCUCCUGCAUCUGAAAACGCCCCUGCUUGUGAGGCAGGCAGCUAGCCACAUUCUUCAGUUGGCCUAUGAGUGGGAUAUAGCUUCUUGGUCUUUCAGUGCUGUUAGUGCCAAGGUUCUCUAUCUUAGCACAACCCCCCUUUCCCCAUCCAUCUUGGAGGUCCCUUUAGUUAGUUUUAAAGGGGGGAGACGUAGUCAUAGUGAAAGAAGCCAAUGGAUGGAAAAUGUAUGCUUUAUCGAAGUUUCACUAGGGUUACAGGCAGAGGUGCUCUCUUCCUUCCUCUGGUCUAAUGGGACUGGGGAUUAAUGCUGUUUACAUUUUAUAAGUAAAACUAGGCCUAUGAAAUUUCAUUGUGGUGUUGGUGUGGGGUUAGGAUCCAUAGAAUUCUCCAGGGGCUGGAGAAGCUCUGAUUAGGUAGCAAAGCUGUUCCUACGCCUAGCCAGAUGUUUCUCGUGUCCCUGUGCCCCCACCCUUCAGGGUUGAGCAAGCUGGCACGUAACUACUGAGACAUUCCUGUGUUGGGGUUUAGAGAGAAUAUGGCUGUGACACCAGGCAUCCCCCUCGCCUUCCUCUGAGAACCACUUCUCAGACCAAUGGCACUUAUCUGGUUAAUGCCACUGGUUGUGAUGGUGGUAGCCUGCUUGUUAGGGGCUGAACUCCAAGGAUUUGAACAUUCCCUCACUUUUCCAACUCCUGCUCCAUCUCUUCAGGCACUUUACUUUCAGAGCUGGACUUGGAGGGGCAAAAAGGAGUUUGGAUAACUAGAGGCAGAGAAAGUGGCAGAGUUCAGCUCCUAUUGCCCACAGAACUUUAGAUCUAAACAGGCAACCUCUCACCUCCAGCUUCUACUUUAAAGAUGAACAAGGGUACAUGUAAACACAACCCCUAUUGUUGUCCCUGUGGUGGCUCAUUUGGGUCUAAGUUUGUUCAAGUAAGGAAGCUUCUCUUCUGUUGGAAGCAGUAAAGACACUUUCCCUGUUUCUAUCAACGUUUUAUGCCCUGUAUCAAUCACUUCCUUCUAAGCAGUAUGAGAUAGUAGUACCUUCUUGCUCAGUGAUGCCUGUGGCCAUAAUUUGUCUCAGAGGCAAACCUCUGCUAUUUUUUUUUAAAUCCCAGGGCCUGCUGAGCAACUAGAGAAUUGGGUAAGGUAGAGUUGCAAUACAGGAGUUCCAUGGUAGCCAAAGUAUACAGCAGUGGAGAGGCUGGGAAGCUAGCCACCUUCUUUCUCUAGGUGCAUUAUAGCAAUUUUUUUAGCCUUGGACAGGAAAGGGUUAAUUUUUAAAAAACGAAAACACAUUAAUUUAAAAGAACCUCCUGCUAAGGGGAGAGAUGUAUCCCUCAAGGGGCAGUGGCUCUUGCCCCUCCAAGCGUGUGUGUAUAUUGGCUUUUCCAUGUUAUCUACCACCUAGAGCGAACUAUACCAAAUGGAGGCAAGCGCAAACACCCCCCCCCCACCUCUUUGGACUGCAAUGUACAAUAAUUUAACACAGUUGCCUGUAUUUUUAUUUUGUAAAUUCAUUAUAGUAACUAUAAAUUAACAGACAGUA